GAUACGCUGGCCAGCAUGAUCUACAGCUUCCCCCCACCACCCCCCCGCACACGCACCAAACCGAUACGUCUCCUCUGCGUGGGCCUCCCGCGCUCCGGCACCGAAAGCCUCAGCCAAGCCCUAACCCAACUGGGCUACACCACCUUCCACGGCUGGGACAUCUUCUUCGACUCCGCCGCCCACAUCCAAGCGUGGGCGGCGCUCGCCCACCGCAAGUACGCCAGCCCGGACGAUUCCGCGGCGCCGAUCACCCGAGCCGACUUCGACGCGUUGUUGGCCGGCGACUGCGACGCGGUCCUCGACACCGCGCCCGCGCUGUUCGCGCCCGAGAUGAUCCAGGCGUAUCCGGAAGCGAAGGUCAUCUUGAACACGCGCCGGGACCUGGACGCGUGGCAGCGCAGCGCGUGGCGGGCGUUCGUGACGGAGGGGGCGGACAGCUGGACCUACUGGCUGCUGCAUUGGUUCAGCGCGGAGGUGUUUUGGCGGUGGCGGCUGUAUUAUGUGGUGAGCUGUCCGGGGUUGUUUCGGGGGAGGACGACGGGGGAAGGGCUGCGAAGGCAUGGGAAGAGGGUGUAUCGGGAGCAUGGGUGGAUGGUGAAGGGAUUGGUGUCGCCAGAGAGGUUGUUGGAAUGGACUGUCGAGGAUGGGUGGGCGGGAUUGUGUGAGUUCUUGGACAAGGAGAUCCCCGACCAACCGUUCCCUCAUACGAACACUGGGAAUGGGUUUCGAAAGCGUGUGCAGCAGAUACUGCGUCCGGAGAAGAAGAAGGUCUUGGUGACCAUGGUCUUGAGCGUCAUCUCAGCGGGCGUGCUGGGGUCCGCUCUUGUGCUUGGG